AUGAAAAAUAAACAUUUUUUGUUUGUUCUUUCUUUAUUUCUGCUAAUAUCUGAAAUAUUAACAAUGACAAUUGGCAGACAACGAGAAUUAAAUUAUAUAAUUUCUUGGAUAAAUAAUAAUCAUUUAAAUGAUGAUUUUCUUUGGAAAUUAGAUAAACAAUUAUAUAUUUGCGGAAAAGAAUAUAAUAAAAAUGAUGGAGAUCAAAAUAUUGAAAUAAAUAAUAAUCAAAUAAGUCGCUUACAAUUUGAGUUUACAAUUGUACAGACUACAUGCUCUAAACAAUUAAAUGCAAAUGGAGAUAUUAAUUAUUGUCGUGUAAAUGAGUUGGCAAAUAAUAAAAAGGAAUGUUCAUUUGAUAUACUUAAAGACCAAAAAGAAAUUGAAAUAUUAGAUUGGGAAUGUUUUUCUUUAAAUAAUGAUGAGGAAAUAAUUGAUAAUGAGAGUGAUGAAGAUUAUAUGUUUAUUAUUUGUUCUAAAGCUAAGGAAUUAACAAACACAUUAGUUGAUUCUGUUGGUCGUUUAGAUGGACUUGAUAAACAAGGAUGGACUAAAUUUAGAAGAUUUGUUCGAAAAUAUGGUCCUAAUUAUACAAAAGCAUCAGAAGUAUUGAGCCGUUUCAAUAAUUAUGUUAAAAACUUAGGAAGAGCUAAGAAAUAUCAAAAAAAGGAAUUAGGUACAGCAAUUUAUGGAGAAACACAAUUUAUGGAUUUAAGUAAAGAUGAAUUUAGAAAAAUUUAUUUACCCUUUCAAUGGCCCUUAAAUGUUGAAAAUACACAAAUAGCACCUCUUAUUGAUGAUGAAGAUUUACCAAAUUCUUGGGAUUGGCGUACAAAGGGUGCUGUUACUGACGUAAAAAAUCAGGGUCAAUGUGGAAGUUGUUGGGCAUUUAGUGUUACUGGAAAUAUUGAAGGACAAUGGGCGUUAAAAAAGGGGAAAUUACAGGCGUUAUCUGAACAGGAACUUUUGGUUUGUAAAUAA